AUGGAUUUCAACUUUGCAAAAUUUUAUCAUCAGCAAAAACUAUUAAAUACCAAAGUCACAGAUGAGGACAUUGCCAAACUAUACCUCUCACAACAAGAAGCUAUCGUCGCUUUGAAUGAACGUAAAGGAAGCAGCCGUCAAGCUAUUAAAAAUUACAUUUUGACUACAUAUAAACUUCCCGACAACAACCUUACAAACAAACGUCUCCGAUUAGCUGUCAAAAAAGGUGUCAACAAUGGACUUUUAUUUUUUCCCAAUGGUCCAAGUGAUACUAUAAAAUAUGUAAUGAUUAAGAAAGAAAAGUAA